AUGGCUCCAAAAAGACAACUUUCAAACGACACUUGUGCUCUUGUCGAAUCCGAUUUGGAAAACAAUGCACAAUCUACUGAUACUAUCAAGGAUUCUGAUUUGCAAUCUAAAAAACCAAAAACACAAAAGACUUCUAAACCAGACUCGGAAGCUGGCCAAAUCACCAUCAAACCUACUGGUGAUCUUCUUUUAAACAUUGGUGGAAAGAAUCGCUUGACCGUUAGCAAGUGGAACAACAAAGUACUGGUUGGUAUUCGUGAAUAUUACACCAAAGAUGGUCAGGAAAAACCUGGUGCAAAGGGCAUUGCACUCUCUCCUGCAUCCUGGAAAAUGAUCAAGGAAAAUGCUGAUCUCAUUGACAAGACUAUAGCCAGUCUGGAAUAA